AUGCGUGAGAUGCGGCAUGCUCUGGUUCUGGCAGAUCCCGACGGGAGUAUAGAGUGGAUUCCGAUGGCCAUCUUUAAGUCAACAUGUAAAAUCGACAUCACUGACUUUCCAUUUGACCAUCAGAUGUGCCAUAUGAAGUUCGGAUCUUGGACAUACGAUGGCAACCAACUGGACCUUGAGUUCAUCAGCAAUGCGAGCUUCUCGCUGGGCGACUACACUCCCAGUAACGAGUGGGAUGUCAACGCUGCACCGGCCCAGCGUUAUGUUAAGUUCUACCCCUGCUGUGACGACCCUUACCCAGAUCUUACCUACUUUCUAUUGUGA